UCACACUCUACAACACACUUUCAGACUUUCGGAGCCAGCCAGGAACACAUCAGACUCUACCAUGAUCCAUCCAAAGAAGCUUGCUCAGCUGGCCAAGAAGUGCCAGCGGAUGUUGGCAGCCGGGACCGAUGCUCGCCACCGGCAGCAUGCCUCAGACAUGGUCGACGAUGAUCGCUGCAGCACAGCGUCAUCUGUGGUUGCCGAUGAGGGCCAUUGCAUGGUGUACAGCACCGACGGAACACGGUUUGAGGUCCCUCUGGCGUACCUCGGGACAACGGUCUUCGCUGAGCUCCUGAGGAUGUCUGAGGAGGAGUUUGGGUUCGCAAGCGGCAGCGAUGGAGGCAGGAUCACGCUGCCCUGUGACACCACGGUGAUGGAGUACGUCUUGUGCCUUAUCAGGAGAGAGGCCUCUGAGGAGGUUGAGAGGGCAUUCUUGAGCUCUAUUGCUGAGCAUUGCCACAACUACAGUGCUAGUUGUGUGGCGCCAUCGAUGGGACUCAGCCAUCAAUUUGCUCUUUGUACUUAGCUACUAGCUUAUCUGGUGAUUUUUUUUGUUAGAACCUGAAGAUCUCUGUACAGUCUGAUGUAAGAUCCUACUAUCAUGAGAAAUGAUAAAAAUAUUAUAUUUUA